AGAGUGUCUACUUACCGAACCCACGCGAACCCAUGACUUUCGUCUGAUCAGACUGGCAACGCUUCUCAGUUCUCUGUAAUUCAGUCUUCCACAAACGCCCAAAUCCACCUAUAAAUCUUUCACCAGAAGCAAAUAAAUUCCCCCUUCAUUGCUUGAUCUGAAAAAUCUGAUACCCAAAAAUCAGAGAUUUCGCGGCACACAACAAUGGGGAGAGGAGGAGCUUUGAGCGAUGGCGUGUUGAAGAAGAUCGUACUUUCCUACACCUACGUCGCCAUAUGGAUCUUCCUAUCCUUCACUGUGAUUGUCUACAACAAGUACAUCUUGGAUCGGAAAAUGUACAACUGGCCGUACCCAAUUUCUCUUACAAUGAUUCACAUGAGUUUUUGCUCUUCCUUGGCCUUUCUUCUGGUUCGAGUAUUUAAGGUAGUCGAGCCUGUUACCAUGUCUUGGGAUCUUUAUUUGAAAUCUGUGGUACCAAUUGGGCUUCUUUAUUCGCUAUCACUCUGGCUUUCAAAUUCUGCUUAUAUUUAUCUCUCCGUGUCAUUUAUUCAAAUGCUCAAGGCCCUUAUGCCUGUUGCUGUGUAUAGUAUUGGGGUUCUUUCUAAGAAGGAGAUCUUUAAAUCGGAGACCAUGACGAAUAUGAUUUCGAUCUCCAUUGGGGUUGGUAUAGCUGCUUAUGGGGAGGCUAAGUUUGAUACAUGGGGAGUUAUACUGCAACUGGGUGCUGUGGCUUUUGAAGCUACCAGGCUUGUUAUGAUCCAGAUCUUGCUCACUGCCAAGGGAAUAACUCUUAACCCUAUAACUUCUCUCUAUUACGUGGCACCCUGCUGCUUGAUUUUCUUGUUUUUCCCUUGGGUUUUUGUUGAGUUUCCCGUCUUGAAGGAGACCUCCAGCUUUCAUUUGGAUUAUUUGAUUUUUGGGACCAAUUCUCUCUGCGCGUUUGCCCUGAAUCUUGCGGUGUUCUUGCUAGUGGGAAAGACCUCUGCAUUGACCAUGAAUGUGGCUGGUGUAGUUAAAGAUUGGCUCUUGAUUGCGUUCUCAUGGUCUGUGAUUAAGGAUACCGUGACGCCAAUCAAUUUGUUUGGUUACGCGUUGGCCUUCUUGGGUGUCGCUUAUUAUAAUCACGCGAAGUUGCAGGCACUCAAGGUGAAAGAAGCACAAAAGAAGGCUCAGCAGCCUGAUGAGGAGGCUGGAAGGUUGCUGGAGGAAAGAGAAGGGGAGAAUAAUGGUUCCAGUAAGAAUGAAUUACAGGAUUGAUUUAAUAUUUGAUCCUUUAAUGCUGUUUUUUUAGGAUGAGUCGGAAAGUAAAGAGCAAAUUUAAGGUUAGACCCAGCAUUAAGGGGAUGAUGAUCGUCAUAUGUUCUAUUUUGGGUAUGCUAUCAUAGGAAUUCACUCCACAUCUUGGCUAUUUUGUCUUCCUAAUUUAAUUAUUCGCUUAGUUUUAUUAGUUUUCACAUCAUGUUAUUACUAUAUUUAUGUUUCUUGACUUGAGGCUUACUUUGGACAACUCUUUUUGAUAUGAUAUCCAUAUUUCAAAAACUCUUGUUUAGCAGAA